AUGACUUGUUUUUGCUGGGAAGAUGCCGAACGCAUGCAAAAGCUUAAGAAGGCAUUGUAUUUGGUAAAUAAUGUCGCUGACUCGGAUGUGCUCAAGAAAGAGAGUGAUACGUGCUCUAUAGGACAAACGAGUUGUGCCACUAGUCAUGAUGAUGGUUGGGAUGAUGAUGAUGGCAUGUCCACAAUGGGAUCAAACUGCAGCGAGAACGGCUCUAUUAGUAGCGAUUCGUGUACGAGUACCCCCGUCUCGAAGAAAGAGGUUGUUGAGUCGUUGCAGCUUGCGUUGGAAGUAGGUUGUCAAGCCACUUGGACGGAGAAAACAACAAAUGAGCACAAGACGCAGCAAAAAAACCGAUUCUUGCUAUCAAGUGGAUCACCGAGAACUUACAAGAUAAAAGACCACGAGAGCCAUUCGAAGACGUUCCGAGCUUCAACAAGUCGACAACGUCGAGUGAUUCCUAUUGUCGUACCUGCAGAACUUUUGCCUCCUAGCGAGUACGAUUUACGAAGUACCAACGGUCUUAUGAAAUAUGUGAAUGCAAUUGCACCACUACCCACCUCUGAUGAAUUGUCAGUCAAGCACUUGGUCAUUCAUGAGCUGCAACGGAUUGUAGAUGUCUGGCUGUGUCGCACUCUUGACACGAUCCAUAGAGUUUCUGCAGAUUGUGGAAAGAAAUCGACAACUACAGCUACGUUGCUGCUGGGAGGUAGUUGGCAUCUGAAAGUCGGGACGGCCGAGUCAGAUCUUGACGUUGUGGCGCUUAUGCCGCACAAUGUGACCAGCGAGAUCUUUUUCAGUUCAUUGUGCGAACACCUUAAUCGAGAAGCAUCCGUCUCGAAGCUCGUUGCACGACGGAAAGCUGCCGUUCCCGUGCUAUCGUUCCAGCUCAGUACUGUACGCGUGGACUUAUUGUUUGCACGGUACGCCCAAAAGCAGGCGGUGCCCAAGCACCUGCCGCUUCUGCCUGGAGAUGACAUGCAGGUAAUGCAUGGCAUGGACACGACGUCAGUGCGCUCGCUGUCUGUUGCUCGAGUAGCUUCUCUCAUUCUCGAGCUCGUGCCAAACGCCAGUGUUUUCAGGUCUUGUCUGCGCGUGAUUCGAUUAUGGGCACGACUUCGUGGCUUGUACUCGAACAAGGCUGGAUUUCUGGGUGGUAUUUCGUGGGCGUUACUCGUAUGCUUUGUGUGCCAAAUGUUCCCGCGUGCUAGUGUAGCUGCAAUUGUGCAUCGGUUCUUCUCAGUAAUGGCGUCAUGGCGUUGGCCAACACCGAUUCUCGUGGCACACCCGUCAAACGAUGUCAGUGCAGACAAUGUCCAGUGGGACCCUCAACAUAACAAUCACGACCGAGCACAUCUCAUGCCAAUUAUUACGCCGGGCUUUCCUGCCGUCAACACUGCAGUGAACGUGAAUUUGUCGACAUUGCGUGUCAUGCGGGAGGAGUUUGCGCGUGGACAACGCAUUAUGGAUGACUUGCGUCGUCGCAGUCUUAGUCACCCGUCGUCAUGGACCCAGCUUUUCAUUCCGACCGAAGUGCUUGUACGAUAUGACCACUACGUUGUGAUUGAGGUGCGUGCACCAAAUGAGGAAUCGUUAGCUGAAUGGUCCAGCUUCAUCGCCAGUCGCACUCGAAAACUAGUGGAAACUUUGCACCAUACGCCUUUGGUUGGUUCACUCCAUCCGUUGCCCGAGCUCUUGCGUCCGCAAAGUCUUGAGCUAACCAAGAGCGGAUCGGUGAUCGGGUAUUACGUUAUUGGAUACACAGUCAAUGCACCAUCGAUGUCACAAGCUUGGCGUGGCGAUCGCAGAUCAUUUGCGCGACCGAUUGUCCCUAUUAGUUCUAGUAACGAGGAGCUCGCAAGAAAUUGUGUAGCUUCGGCGACGCGAUAUUUUCUCGCGACGGAACUUGACACAGCCACCGAAAAGAAACGUGGUAUGGAGGUAGAGAUCUCCUAUUGCUCCUGGAAUGACUUACCCAAUGCCAUUUUCCCAGGUGGCCGUACCGCUGCUGUCGGUGACCGUGCUCGGUAUAUUCUCAGUCAAGUGCAUUAUGUAAAUCUUGCCUUGGGCUUCGCUCGUUGA